GGAAUGUUCCGGGGCCACGCGCCGCGGUGGAACGAUCCGGGGCGGUUCCAGCGGGCGCUGCAGCUGCGCGCGGAGGCUGGAGUUCACUCUCCCGCACACGACGAGCAGGGACUGGCUUAGUAACGGGUGGUGCUUGCAGGCUGCGUUGCAGCUCGUCCCAGCUUCGCUCGCUCGCCCGCCCGCCCGGCGCCUCCUUCCGAAUUUGCUUCCUGCCGUGCGAUGUGGUGAGUGAGUGAUUGCACAGAGAUGCCGCCGGUUCGGAAGACUGUAGCAGAACUCCGCUCUCGUGCGGAAGGUUACGAGAAAGCAGAGGAUACCUCAGAGAAAACCUCAUUGGCUGAUCAAGAAGAUAUGAGAACAAUAUUUAUCAACCGACCUCAACUUGUAAAAUUUUGUAAUAACCAUGUCAGCACUGCAAAAUAUAACCUGCUUACAUUCAUGCCAAGGUUCCUAUACUCACAGUUUAGACGAGCAGCCAACUCUUUUUUCCUGUUUAUAGCCCUUCUCCAGCAAAUCCCUGAUGUUUCCCCAACUGGUCGUUAUACAACAUUGGUCCCAUUGUUGUUUAUCCUUCUUGUGGCUGCAGUCAAAGAAAUAAUAGAAGAUAUUAAAAGACACAGCGCAGACAGUGGAGUGAACAAGAAAAAGGCACAAGUGCUGAGAAAUGGUGCUUGGGAAAUUGUCCAUUGGGCAAAGGUGGCAGUAGGGGGAGAUUGUGAAGGUGACCAAUGGGGAGCAUCUCCCAGCUGACCUCGUCAUUCUAUCAUCAAGUGAACCACAGGCAAUGUGUUACAUUGAAACUUCUAAUUUAGAUGGAGAGACAAAUCUUAAGAUCCGACAGGGUAUCUCUCAGACAGCAGACAUAAAAAAUAUUGAAAGUUUAAUGAAUUUUUCGGGCAAACUGGAAUGCGAGAGUCCCAACCGUCACCUCUAUGAUUUUGUUGGCAACAUUCGAUUCGACGGAAAAAGCACAUUCCCCUUGGGCCAAGAUCAAAUUCUCUUGCGGGGUGCUCAAAUAAGAAACACCCAGUGGAUUCACGGAGUUGUGGUUUAUACAGGACAUGACACAAAGCUCAUGCAGAAUACUACACGACCCCCACUGAAGUUGUCAAAUGUGGAACACAUCACAAAUGUACAAAUCCUCUUCUUGUUUUGUGUUCUCCUCUUCAUAUCUUUAGUAUGUGCCAUUGGUUCUACAGUUUGGAAUAAAAAACAUGGUAAAGGAGUCUGGUAUCUUCACUUCAGUGACAGUGGAGCCGCUUACUUUGGAUUGAACUUCUUAACUUUCAUCAUCCUCUUCAAUAACCUGAUUCCAAUCAGCCUCUUAGUUACACUAGAAGUUGUAAAGUUCAUCCAAGCAUUUUUCAUUAAUUGGGAUAUUGAUAUGUUAUAUGAACCAACCAAUACUCCUGCAAUGGCCAGAACAUCCAAUUUAAACGAAGAACUAGGACAGGUGAAAUAUAUAUUCUCAGAUAAGACUGGAACUUUAACGUGUAAUGUUAUGGAGUUUAAGAAAUGUACAGUAGCAGGAAUUGCUUACGGUCAUUUUCCUGAUCAUGAGGAUUUUAGAUACUCUGAAGACUGUGGGCAAGGUGAUCCAAUAAAUGGAGAAAGUGCAUUUCAAGAUCCUUCUUUGCUGGAAAAUCUUCAGGGCGAUCAUCCCACAGCACCAGUGAUCUGCGAGUUUUUAACAAUGUUGGCAAUUUGCCAUACGGCUGUGCCUGAGAGGGUUGCUGACAGGAUAAUCUACCAAGCCUCAUCCCCAGAUGAAGGAGCACUAGUAAGAGCAGCAAAACAAUUGGGCUUUGUGUUCAGCGGACGAACUCCAAAUAGUGUGAUUAUAGAAGCUCUUGGACACGAAGAAAAAUAUGAACUGCUCAAUGUGCUUGAGUUUACCAGCAACAGAAAGCGCAUGUCUGUGAUCGUCCGUACACCAUCAGGAAAGCUGCGACUUUACUGUAAAGGAGCGGAUACAGUUAUCUAUGAACGGUUGUCAGAGAGCUCGCGAUACAGGGACAUCACUUUGAAACAUUUAGAACAGUUUGCUACGGAAGGUUUAAGAACCUUGUGCUUCACGGUUGCUGACAUUUCAGAGAUGAUGUACCAAGAUUGGUUGGAGGUUUACCAGCGGGCUUCUACUGCAUUGCAGAACAGGAUACUGAAGCUGGAAGAGAGUUAUGAACUGAUUGAAAAAAACCUGCAAUUGCUUGGAGCUACAGCGAUUGAAGAUAGACUACAAGACCAAGUUCCUGAAACUAUAGAAACAUUAUCCAAAGCAGACAUCAAAAUUUGGAUUCUGACGGGAGACAAACAGGAAACCGCUAUUAAUAUAGGGUAUGCAUGUAAACUUCUGACGAAAAACAUGGGUCUUAUGGUUCUAAAUGCAGACACUCUUGAUACAACAAGGGAAAUGCUGAUCCACCACUGCAACACUCUGGGAGAUUCACUGCGUAAGGACAAUGACUUUGCAUUGAUUAUUGAUGGAAAAACCCUCAAAUACGCCCUGACAUUUGGGGUGCGACAAUCGUUUUUGGAUCUCGCAUUGUCUUGCAAAUCUGUCAUCUGCUGCCGAGUUUCACCUCUUCAGAAGUCAGAAAUAGUUGAGAUGGUGAAGAAACAGGUGAACGUUAUAACGCUAGCAAUAGGUGAUGGUGCAAAUGAUGUGGGAAUGAUCCAAACAGCACAUGUUGGUGUUGGAAUAAGUGGAAACGAGGGCCUGCAAGCAGCAAACUCUUCUGAUUAUUCUAUUGCACAGUUCAAAUAUCUGAAGAACUUGCUACUGGUUCACGGAGCCUGGAACUAUAAUCGCGUAGCCAAGUGUAUCCUGUACUGUUUUUACAAGAAUAUAGUCCUGUACAUUAUUGAGAUCUGGUUCGCUUUUGUGAAUGGCUUCUCAGGACAGAUACUUUUUGAAAGAUGGUGUAUUGGUCUCUACAAUGUGAUUUUCACAGCUUUGCCUCCCCUCACUUUGGGAAUAUUUGAGAGAAGUUGUCGAAAGGAAAAUAUGUUGAAAUAUCCAGAGCUAUACAAAACGUCACAGAAUGCAUUGAACUUCAAUACAAAGGUUUUCUGGGUUCAUUGUUUGAAUGGCCUGUUCCACUCGAUUAUUCUGUUUUGGUUCCCACUGCAAGCCCUCGAGCAUGACACUGUAUUUGGAAAUGGAAAGACGCCUGGCUGCCUGCUACUAGGAAAUAUGGUUUACACAUAUGUGGUGAUCACUGUUUGUUUAAAAGCUGGUUUGGAGACCUCAUCUUGGACCACAUUCAGUCAUGUGGCCAUCUGGGGCAGCAUUGGAAUGUGGGUGGUGUUUUUCGCAAUCUACUCCUCACUCUGGCCAGCGAUUCCAUUGGCUCCUGACAUAUCUGGAGAGGCUGUAAUGUUGUUCAGCUCCGGUAUUUUUUGGAUGGGCCUAAUCUUCAUUCCAAUUACUGCCCUUCUGUGUGAUGUGGCUUACAAAGUCGUGAAGAGAACGUUUUGGAAGACUAUGGUGGAGGAGGUGCAGGAGUUGGAAGCCCAAUCUCAGGAUCCAGGUGAAGCUGUUUAUGGCAAAAGUUUAAGUGAACGCGCUCAACUCUUAAAGAAUGUUUUUAAGAAGAACACUAUCAACUUGCACCGUUCUGAAUCAUUGCAGCAAAGCUCAUUACAUGGUUAUGCCUUUUCCCAAGAUGAGAAUGGCAUUGUAUCGCAGUCUGAAGUAGUCAGGGCCUACGACACCACCAAACAACGGCAGGAUGACUGGUAAACACCUUGUACAGGAACGUGAAUUCCAAACACGUACUUUCAACUAAGAAUGGGACUUCAAACUUUGAGAUGUCCAACUUUGAAAAAUCGUGCUGUAAAGAUCUUCCAAAUGCAUGAAGAGAUUGGAUUUUGCGUUUGAUGAAGGGGAGACGUCAGUUUUGUUGUGUACGCGAUAGACACGAUCACUGUGCAAAUCCACAUUAGUAUAAAUUCACUGUUAUAGAGUGCCAAUACAAUAGACAUUAACAACUAGAUUGGCUGGACUUCAAUUCUGUUACUUUACACAUAAUGGGUUGUCUUUUCACAUUAUUUUUAAAUAGUGAAUAUAUAUAAAUUAUUUCCUAAUUUAAACUCUGAUUGUUAUGAGCAUUAGUUUAAUGUCUUAAUAACAAUGGAGUAUUAAUCCCUAAAUUUUAUUUUGUUUAAAAUUUGAACACGCACUUCCUUAAACCUUUAUAUAAAUAUGCCACUUUUUUCCGCCCCUUUAGCAUAUUUAACCUUUGUUGCCAUCACACAAAGAUAUUUUGAAGCAUUAUUUUUAUCACUGCCUUAAAUAGAAUGAUUCUGUGGGGAAACACUGGAAAAUCAAAGAUGACCCACUCAUUGCCAAAUACGUUCACAAAUGCAACCCAGGAGGAUUCUUUCAAUGGUUAAGACACUGAAUAAAAUGCAGGAUUAAUAAGAAACUAUUUGAAUGAUAAAUACAGACUUUGUUGAACUGCAGUGUUAAACAUGGUACUGGUGCUACUUUCCUUAUUGCCAUUAUUUGCCAAAAGUAAAAUUGAGCUUUGAUCACCAAUAUUAUAAUCUCAACAACUGGUAGAAUUUGCCAUCAGCCCUAUUCUUCAGUGCACUGUCAUAGAAAUGGAGCAAGUUUCAAGUCCCAUUUGUACCUUACCUAACUCACUCCAAUGAGUGUAACUUACACAUGCAAUGACUCAUUGAAAUAUUUGACUACUGCCUUUUUGGCACUUGCUUCUGAACUUGUCUAUCUCAACUUAUGGCCUUGGAUAUGCUUUUCUCUUUGCCUACCAUUCAAAUUAAUUUUCAGUGAACAAGUGUUGUAUAUUCUGUGCCUGACUACGUCUACUGUAUAUGCUUGUGAACUUAGUGACUUUCUAACGAAUUUAAUAUUCAACAAACUACUCCAAUGUUUUCAAUUUCCAAACAACAAUCUUUGCAUCCCAAAUAAGGCAGAGUGCAGGGAAGAGUAUUUCUGGUAUGUAGUACUUUUACAUAGCUGUUGUUUUAAAAUGAUUCUGACUGGUGGGAAAAUUUCUAUAAUUCACAAUUUUAUAUCCAUUGAAAUGGAAGAUACUAUCUUGUUUUGUUUUUUUUGCCGUUUCCUUCCUGUGUCUUGCAGUUUGCUAUGAUCUUGUGAUUAAAGACAAAUGUUAAAAUAAAAUGCUGACAUUAUUUUGUUACCAAACACCUUCUCAAACAAGAUCAACAAAUUCAAGUUUGUGUUUACCUGGAUAAUGAAUUCAUAAGUAGGCAUGCCAAUUUACAAGUUUUAAUUUUGUUUAAUUGUUUAAGAGAUCAGUGACCAAUUCUACUUUAUAUCUAAAGCUGAUUUUCAAGAUUUUGUUUAGUUGGACUCAUUUCAGCAAUAUUGCUGAAUCAUGAAAAUCAGUCUUGUAUCACAUUAUUAUUAAACAACUGUCAUCUUUGCAGCCAUUUGAUGUAAUUUCCUUUGCAAGUUGAACUAAGUUUACUUUACCUGUAAUAAAUGUAAUUAUGUGGUUAUCACACUUUAUGUAAAAACCAAUGCGACUUGCAUUUACAUUUUAAUCUCUUGGAGGAACAUCUUAUCAGGUUUAUUUAUGUGCAUUAGUUGUUGCUUUAUUUGCAUUUAACUGCAUUAGCUGCAAAACACAACCCAUAUUUUGAAAGCUUUUGUCGACAUUCUAAUCAAAGCUCGUCCUUCAUAAUUAAAUGGUUAUUAUUUAAACUACAUGCACACACAAUAUGAAGAGCAUUUUAGUAUUUCAGUUUUAUCAUUGACUGUUCACCACAAAGCAUCAAGAUUUGACUUAAUACUGAAUAUGAAAAUAUAAAAGCAAAAACAAUGGCGAAAACUCAUACAUGAGAGCAGCAUUCUGCCUGAUUUUGCAAUGUUCUAGGCUCUAAAAGUAGUGAAUCAAUGUUGAACUCAAAAAUAUAAAUUUGUUAAAAAAUUAUGAUUGAGAGUCCAGUUAAUGUUAUCUCCAUCUUCAGCUUAGUGUGACUGUAUGUUCAUUCUAUGUGCCAUGUGUUCUGUGUUUGUCACCAAAAUCCUUGAAUGUGAACCAAAAUAAUUGGGGGUUUCGAAGUUUGUAAUUGCUUUGUGGUGUUUUAGUCAAUGAUGGCUGUUGUCUUCCUCCUCUUUGAGUGUGCUGUGUAUUCUGUAUGGUUUUCCUGUCUGUAUUGUUGUUCAGCUGCAUGAGGUUGAAUAUUACAUGUAUAUUUUCAGUGCACGACAAAUGUUUUGAUCUUGCUACACUUAUUACGCAAGAUUAGAAACAAAUGAUGCAAUUAAUCAAAGGUUACACCAUCCAGCAAAUUUCAGUUGGCAAAGUAAUUGUGUGUUUCCAAGUCAAUUAUUGUAUGUAUUCAGUUUUGGAAUAAAACUGCUAAGUUAUUUCAUUUAUAUGGAUUUUACAUUGACUUUAAAAUAUCUAUUUUGUUCCAUCAGAGGUUUGUGUCUUAGUAGAUAGCGAAAUGUGCAUUUUGCUUUACUUAGCCUUAAAAUCACACUGUAAAAACAUGCAAAAAUUAUUUUGGUGCAUUACAAAACUAAUUGAGCAUAACUACAAGGAAUCAACUUUGAAAUAGAUAUCAGAUUUCAGAUGUUGCCUUGACUAGUUUGUUCAAUGUGACACGAUAUUUUUUUUAAUGCACGAUCAUUAGUAAUAAGUAAUCAAUUUGCUUUCCCUUUGUUACAAGUCUUGUUAUUAUUUAAAAUUAAUUUAAUUUAAUAUUGGAAUCUGUCUUGAAUGUUGCAUAGAGAUGAAACAUAUUCUGAACAUUGGGUUAAGAUUUUUUGGCCAAACUUCCAGAAUGAUUUAUUCUGUAGUUUGGUUUUGCACUGCAUGAAUGGUAACCUUCAAAUUCAAUGUUCACAGUAUUCCUCAGGUUUGGUUUUAACUUACAGUAAGGACAUGCACUGUGUUUUGUAUUUUGUUCUAAAUCUUGCAGUUUUGUUUCUGUUAACUUACCCUUGACUCUUGUGAAUUGCAUGAUGGCAGUUGCAUCUCUUAAAUGUUCUGUCUUUUGAUUGUCAUAUGGAUCACAUAAUAAAACUAAAUUUAUAAAUCUUGA